GUAAUUUUUCCUUUUGGCUAUACUGUUUUUGGUUUUUGUUCUAAGACUGAAUUUACAACACUAUGCCCAUUUUAAAAGUGCCAGUGCAUUAUAACUUUGGCAUUGUGUCCCGUGAUGAACACGAAAGGCUUCAUCACAGACUGGUGGCUCAAUAUAUGAAAAAAGAUUCAGCUGAUUUCAAGAGAAAACCACGUAGAAAUCCAUUUGAACUUACUGAAGAAUUCAUUGAGAAUUUCAAUAAUGCCUCAGAAACAGAAAGAAAGGAAGCAUUCAUAGAUCUGGCUAACAAAAUGCUUGUUAGAUGCAAGAGACGAUUGGGUCUCAAUGUAUUAGGUUGUGGGAAGUAUGUGAAUCUUCCAAUAGGAUGGACUGAGGCAAUAAUGUUAUCGCAGUGCAAAGGAGAAAUUAGUGAAGAAGCUCUUGAGAUUCUUGGAAUUUCAUUGGAUCAUGCCCCUAUUGCUCCAGAACACAUCAGUAUUUUAUUUUUUGUAGCGGAAUGCAUUUUGUAUAAACUCUGUUACGACGCAGCACAGAAACCAUAUCUAUUCUCAUGUGAAAUCAAAUUGUUGAAGCUUGGAUUUUUAGUCUUUUUAAGAAUACUUCUGCUAUAUUUAUUUGGUUACCAGAGGUUUUCCAAAGAACACAAAUUCAGGCUUCACACUGGCUUGAAAGCAUUAGCCGCAUGUGAAAUGUGCUAUCAACUUUACCCAAACAUCCUUUUUAUGGUGCAGUUUAUGCUGAAGGCUGGAGAAAUUAUCUGUGAAACAGCAGUGGUUUUUGAAUCACAAUUAGAAUCCCAGGAAAAUUUAGAAGAAAUGGAGGAAGAAACGCUUCAUGACACAGCAUUCACGACUGCCAGCUCAGCAGCUGAGUUAAAUUCCAAACAAAAGCGAUUCAGAAUUAAGCCAUUUCUUUGGCACAGCCUUCUUGUUUGGGUUUGUGUACAUAAUAGCACCUCUGAAAUAGAUGCAGUCCUCAUGCAUGUCCUAUUCUAUAAGGAACAGCUUCAUCAAAAAAACUGGUUGGAAUCAGUACUGGCCUUGAUGGUACUGGGAGAAAGUGCCAAAUUAAAUAUGUCAUGUCUGAAAGUUUUAAUGGACCUAGUGAAAUAUUUUAUUUCAAGCUCUGUGCCUCUUCAAAAACAGGAAAAAAAUAACAAGAAAAAGAUGUCAUGUUGGCACUGGCAAGUAGGAUACAUAUAUACAAAUAUCCUCAGAGAAAUCUGUUUGCAUGGCAUUAAUGCAGAAUUACAAAAAACCGCUUUUCUUGGAUUCUGUGACUGCGGAAAGGAACAUGAUAAUGACAAAGAAUUAAGAGGAGCAAAUUUUCUUGAUCUUUUGAACGUCUGCCUUCCAUUUGAUGAAUCCCUGAAUGAAGAGUGCGAAUACGUACCUGAAAUCCAGCGAUGGGUCAGCAUGGCCAGACAAGAAGACGUCCAAGAAAGAAGCGAAAGGGUGGCCUCUAGUGGAAACAAAAUGGCUGCCCCAGCCGGAAGGUUCCAGGAGGUUCCAAGGCGGAAAACAGGAGAAAUGAUAAAUCCACCCGAACAGCUCAAAGACCAACCAAUGACUGAGCUGCGCAGGUCCAGUCGCACCCACAAAAGCCCCACCUACUUGCGCGACUACGUUGAAGCCAAAGGUCAAAUAAACACUUGCUUUUCAUCAAAUUCUACCUAUCUCUUGUCAUCCCAAUGUAUUGGUUGGAGAGUCACUACUGCCAUGUGUCAUCACUUCCUGCCACCCAUUGGUCCUAAUAUCCCUUUGUCUCGUCUGCCUGAGAGGAAACCAGUAUUAUUGCCGCAUCAAAAAUUGGAGCCAGUGGUUACAGACAAGAAAACCAAACGCUUGUCUUUAAGGGAAGAACUUUUGCAAGCUGGUGUACCAAAAUAUCCAUAUCCUGAUUACCUUACACGUACUGAUAUGGAACUAAGGAGAAUCAUAAAUGCUCAGUGGGAAAGGGAAUUGCAAAUCAGGCUUCAGCUAGAAGAGAAACUCCAAGAAUUAGAGCUUCAAGCAAAGCAAAAAUUGGAAGAGGAACACUUCAGGCAAAUAAUGAUAUGGCGCCUAGAAAAGCUUCACAAGACAACCAAGCCGUAUGAACUGCCCUUUAAACAUAACGACACAAAAGCAACAGAAGCAAGCAGUAGCACUCAGCUGUCAGAUGUAUAACUGUCAGAAACAUGGAAACCAGCUGUGUAAGAAGAUAACUACACCUUAAAGGCAAAUAAAUGUAUUAAAGCUUCUUUUCCCCUAUCACACUCUUUUUUUUUUUUAGUUAAAGCUCUGCAAUACUGAGUAAUGAAGUGUGGAUAAGAAAGUGCUAAAGCCAUAAUUGCUGCUGUAUUCCUGAUUGCAGUUGCUUCUCCAACAGUUUUUCAUUGUGAUGUUCCACAUGUGUGUUUAUAAGAAUAAAAAUAUACCAGAAAUCCUAUGAGGGAAGUUAGGCCAGCUUGAGAGUGUUUUUGCAUAUAAACACAGAA